AUGUGCUCUCGAUCCACUGCAUUCAGUCCCAGUCCUAAGCCCAGGUUCGACUCUUGGCCAAGUUCUCUGCAGAUCCUGUACGAAUUGCAAUGCUCGGCACAGGAGCCGAAUGUCGUCGCGCUCUCUUCCUCCAUCAGCACUGCGGCCAAAGCCUGGCAGUGGCCAGCUGCGCUGGAGCUCUUCAGCACGACACAGAAACUAGAAGCACGGCCCAAUGAGGUCACCUUCGGCGCUGCCAUCAGUUCGGAAAAGUCGUGGCCCAGGGCGUUGUUCAGGCUUUUUCACAUGCCAUCCUUCGGCUUGACCCCCAAUGCCAUUUGCACCAACACAGCCAUCAGCUCGUAUGAGGCUGCACAGUGGCACAGCUCCAUCAAGUUAAUAUCUGACAUGCGAAGGACCAGUCUGAGGCCUACGAAGAUCACCAUAAAUACAUCCAUGAAUACGUGUGGAGCUGCUGGACGAUGGCACAGCAUGCUCCACCUGCUUUCCAGGAUGACUAAGCUGAAGCUUCUCCCAGAUUCAAUAUCAUUCAACACGGCCAUCUCUACGGCGGGACCUGCGAGCCUCUGGUCUGUUGCGACGAGGUUUCUUUCAGGGAUGGAGGCCAGAGACGUAGCGCCGGACAAUAUCAGCAUCAAUGCUGCCAGCAGUGCAUGUCAAAAGUCCGGGCACUGGCAGCCUGCGCUGUAUUUGUUGAGCGCCAUGCCUGCAAGAAGGCUUUGGCCAGAUGUUGUGAGCUUCACGUCUGUGAUUUCUGCAUUGGCAUGUGAGCAAGGCGGAACGUGGGAAGCAACAGUCAACCUGCUGCCAGCAAUGGCAUGUGCUGAAAUACAGCCGAAUGUCCUCAGCUUCAAUGCCGUUUCGAGAUCUUUGAGCUGGCGCAGACAGUGGCAACAGAUCCUUGAGCAACUGCCGAGGAUGCAAAUGACAAGGCUGAGCCCCGACAGCACGAGCUUCUAUUCCAGCUUGCUUGCAUAUGCCGACAGAGGCCUGUGGCAAAGCUCCUGCAAGUUUCUCGUCUACAUGGGACGAGGCAAAAUACCACUCACAGCGAGCAUGCUUAACGCCGUCGUAUCUGCAGGGGCCGCUGGAGGCCGAGAGCUUCAGUGGAAACUUGCCUGGGGACUGCUGUCGAGCUCAGCGCCAGGGAUCAAGGGAGCUGAUGUUGCCUGCUUGACGGCAGUCAUGGCUUGGUGUGAGAGGGGAGAGCAGUGGGAGCGGGCGGUGUCGCUGUUUGCGGAGUAUGUUCGGUCCAUGGGCAAGGUCAACGAAGUCUGCUUCGGUGCGGUGAUAAGCGCUUAUGCCAAGGGCAGUGGCUGGCAAACGGUGCUCCAACUUCUUGGCAACAUGCCCGGUGCCUCCACACCUCCCAACACAAUCUGUCUCAAUGCAGCCAUCUCAUCCUGUGAAGCAAGUGGAGAGUGGAGCCUCGCAAUCUCCUUGCUUUGCAGCAUGCCGGCUAUGGCCUUGGAGGCAGAUGCUAUCAGCUUCAGCGCCGCUGCCAGCGCCUCCGGGAAGUGCGCGAAGUGGCACGUGGCAUGCACUUUGCUUUCGAAGUCCUUGAGGUUCAGGUCCGACAUGGUGUGCACCAGUGCUGCCAUCAAUGCCCUAGGCAAAGGGGGCGCAUGGCUUCUUGCUUGGCAGGUCUUGUCCGAGGUUUCUGCCACUAGAGCCGAGCCCAACCGAGUCGUGCUCAGCACGGCCAUCAGUGCCUGCGCAUCACCAGGGAAGUGGCAGCUCGCUUUGUGGCCUCUGAGCCGUAUGCACUUGGCACGGGUCCUCGCGACCGAGAUCAUCUUCAGCGCCGAGAUGCAUGCUGCAGGCAGGUCUUCAGAAUGGAUGCGAGCACUUCAGAUGCUGUCUGCGGUUUCUACAGUUGGGGCAGAGCUGAGCAUCAUAAGCUUCAACACCGUUAUCAGCGCAUGUGAUGAGGCAGGACAGUGGAAGGCUGCACUCCAUGCGUUCAGCCAAACGCAUCCGAACGAGAUCAGUUUCAAUGCAGCGAUCUCUGCUUGUAACUUCUUACGCUCCGGGCUCUGA